CUAAGCAUCCAAGGGCAGGGAAAGAGGGUCCCUAUCCUCCUUCCCAGCCCCCGACCCCAAGCUAAAGGCAGACAAGGGGAGCCCUGGGGUUCGGUGGGGCGGCUCCUGUGGGCCUCCCCCAGCCAGCCAGCCCUCCUCCCUGCCCUCCCUUCCCUUGGAGCCGGUUCACAUGGCAGUCACGUCCGGCGCUGGGGCUCCAUCCUCGCGGCGGCGGCGGCGGCGGCGGAGGGCUGAGAGGGAAGAGACGUCAAAGGGCCCUUAUGAAUAUUGAUGCGGAGGAGGCCAGGCUGCUGCUGCUGCUGCUGCUGCUUUCGUCAAGGAGCAGAAGGAAGCAAGAUGGCUGCCCUUUAGGACUGGAGCGAAGGGAGAGAGCCCAGCGCUUGGGAGGGAGCCCACAGGCGGCCGAGAGAGAGAUACAGUAAGAGGGCAGCCUUGUGGAUGGCCCCAGAGUAGGCCAGAUGGAACAGAACAGAACCAACCAUGUUGAUGGCAAUAGUUUGAGCCCAUUUCUAAUACCAAAUCCUUCUCAUGUUUGCCAGGCAGAGCCUUUGUCAGUGAAGCUGCAAAAUGGGAUCCCAUCAGCAAAGAAGGCUUGUGUUGAAGUAAAUGGCAACCACACAUGGCUGCAUUUCAAGAACAGCUAUGAAAUGAAGUAUGCUCUGAAAGGAAAUGCAAGUAAUCGAAUAAGCCCUGAUUUUGUGCAGGAAAAGAGAGACUGUAGCAGAUAUAUGCAAAAUGGUGGGAUAAAACGCACUUUUAGUGAUCCGUCUCUGUAUGGGCUUUAUCAGAACAAGAAGUUUAAACAAGAUGAAGAAACAAAAGGCAGGAAAGAUGCCUUAUUAGAUGAUGGUGAUCAACCAGAUAUUUCUAACGCAUGCAGGAAGAAGGACUCGGUGGAUUUUAGGGUGGAACAAAGUGCAGCUUCUGUUCUUUUACAGUCUUCAAGAUACAACUGUGGUGCUUUAGAAUCUCCUCAUGCUCCCCAGAUUCAGAAUGAACUGGAGAAUGAAAACAUUAAUUGCCACAAGAGGGACAUUGCCUUCCUACACAAGAACAAGGCAGUGCCAAUACCUAAUGGUGCUAUCGUUUCAGCCUCUUCUAUGGAAAACAUGCAUGGUGAACUCCUUGAGAAAACACUCUCUCAGUAUAACCCAGACCAUGUUUCCAUUGCAAUGCAAAAAACCACAUCUCUUACAAAUGCCAUAAACACUCAGGCUACUAAUGAGUUGGCUUGUGGCAUACCACAUUCAUCCCAUACCUCAGGGCAGAUCAGUUCCCCACAAACCUCAAAUUCUGAGCUGCCUCAGGUGCUAACUUCUGUGGCUACUGAGAUCCACAAUACAGAAAACUCCAAUAAGCCACCCAUAUUGUCAUCAUGCUACACUUUUCAGAACCCAGAGUUACAGCAACAAAAGUCAGAAAAUACACACCAGUCACCUGCAGAGAACUUUGCUCCAGGAAACGCAGGGCAGGUUCCCAAUCUGGACUACUCGCUAACCAGUCAGGAUUUCUCACUGAAUCCCAACAACAGUCUGAAAGCUCAAAACAAUAGUUUGGAAAGAUUGUCAGAGCCUGCAGAUGAAAAUGGUGCUUUAUUCAAACAAGAUUCCAUGUUCAAGAAAGGUUCUUUCAGUCCACCUUCAGUUGCAGCUUCAUCUCCAACACCAGAAAUAAACAGUAUUCUAUCCACUGAGGGGUCAGAAGGACAUAAUAACCCUUCUGAAACCCAAAGUCAAAAAGCUCAUUUUAAUGGAGAGAAAAAUGGAGAGCAGCAGCUACAAGGUGAAAUAACAACUCAGAUUCCUGACUGCUGCCACCAAGCACUAAAUUCUCAACAGGGUCUUCAACAAGGUGCUCAGGUUUCAAAACCGUCUGGCAAUGAAACCGAUCCAGUGCUCUCUGUGAUGACAUCAGGAAUCAGGCAACAAUAUCCCAAUGAACUGCAGACCAAACUAGAGCCUCACAUUCAAGACCCACAAAUAUUAGGAAGCAGUAAAGAGUUGCAACAUUUUCAGCAUCUCCUUGGCCAAAUUAAUCAGGAGAAUCUUGGUGCUAAUGAAAAAGACCUGGUAAAAAAUCAGUUUCAGCAGUCAAAAUCUCACAUGCAAUCUUCUUGGGCAGGAAUGACUUCCCCUCACUUUCAUCCCAAUGAGUCUCCACCAAAAUCAAAUGAGGUGCUUUUGAGGACAAUGCUUCAGUUCCAGUCAAAUUCAGCAGAGCAGAUACAUCUAGAACAGUAUUCUGAGAAUCCUGAUAGGUCAAAAGGAUGUACAGGAGAUGCAUGUUACCAGAAUAUCACACAAUGUGAGCAAAUACCAGCACUAUACAAGGGUGAGGCAACACAAUUGCCUCCUCGCCUUACAGCGGACCAGCAAAUGCAAUUCCAAAAGCACUCACCUCCACAGCCUGCAAAGAUAGAUACACUGUUGAAAUCCCAUGAACAGCAACAAAAUGAAAAGCACUUUCACUUUGAGACACAAGCAGAACAUCACAAUGAAGAGUCUUUGCAGGCACAGUUAAAACCGCAGCACUUAAAUAAUCCACCACUGGAGAAUGAGCAAUUUUUACGUUCCCAUAUUUUGCAACAGAUGCUCCAGAGUCAGCCAGUACAAUUGCCACAGAGUCCACAACUAACCAUAAACUCCCAGCAGCCAACAUUACAAAUGAAGAACAGAGACCUUCCCCAGACAUUUCCCCAUUCCCAUAGCAGUCAAGAGCAGCAACUGGAAGGUACAUCAUUUAGUCAGUUUAAAUUAGAGGAAUGUUUUGAAACAGCAAACAGUUACUUCAAAUCAAGUGAGUUCUCAGUACAAAACCCCCAGACUAGACCAGAACAGGGAUCAGGUAUCAAUACUCAUGCUUUUAAGGCGAAUUCUGUCAUAAAGCAUUCCUACCCAAACAACAUGCACUUAAUCUCUGAGAAAAAGGAAAAGCCAAUGAACACAGAGCUUUUUCCAGAAAACAUGACACAUGACUUACAGAAUAUGCAAUAUUAUUCAAAUAGUAUGACCCCAAAACGAGAUAUGUCCCAGUGUUUUCAGGAUCAAAAGCCCCAGUCUCCACGAACAUCAGCUCCACAGAUAUCCUUCCAGCAAACACAGGGAUAUACUAAUUUUACCUCCAACAUGUGUAACCAGCAAGCAACCCAGACUCAACCAAGUUACAUGCCAUAUAGUCAGCAAACAGUAUCUCAUGCAGUAGAUCAAAGGGAAUGCCAGUUUACACCUCAACCCCACAGGGAUUUUCAAAAGCAUGCUGCUCUCCGGUGGCACAUUUUAAACAAGCAAGAACAACAAAAUAACCAAAACAAAUCUGAUACAUGCCACAUUAUGGGUCAAAAUAAACCUAUCAAAUCUGAAGCUGGCUCCAAGUUGAAUGCCUGUCUUCCUCUGUUGGCUGGACAGUUGGAAAACAAGACAUGGAAGAAAACAAUCAAACAAGAGGUUCAGAACUUUGGUUGUGAGAACAUGCAACAAAAGAGUAUCAUUGAAACCAUGGAGCAGCAGCUGAAACAGAUUCAGGUCAAAACACCCUUUGAUCACAAGUCCCUUACUAUCAAAUCACCAAAACACAUAAAAGUUGAAUCUGCAGGGCCCAUCACUAUUCUGUCAAGGAAUUACAAUGCUGCAGAAUUUCAUGCUGCCUCGUUAGAUCAACAAGCCUUUCAUUCUAAUGAAAAAACGCCAACUAAAAGAACUGCUGGAACAGCUCUCAAUCAUUUUUUAGAAUCACCUUCCAAGUUAUUUGACACUCCUGUAAAAAACUUACUAGAUACACCUGUCAAGACCCAGUAUGAUUUCCCCUCAUGCAGCUGCGUUGAACAGAUUAUUGAGAAAGAUGAAGGCCCUUUCUAUACCCAUCUAGGAGCUGGUCCCAAUGUGGCUGCUAUUAGACAACUAAUGGAAGAACGAUAUGAACAGAAAGGCAAAGCCAUAAGGAUAGAAAGGAUUGUCUACACAGGGAAAGAAGGCAAAAGUGUACAAGGAUGUCCUAUUGCUAAAUGGGUAAUUCGUAGAAGUAGCACUGAAGAAAAACUCCUUUGUUUGGUGCGGGAACGUGCAGGCCACAGCUGUGAAACAGCAGUGAUAAUCGUGCUCAUCUUGGUGUGGGAAGGAAUUCCUCGGAGCCUAGCUGACAAGGUUUAUUCUGAACUCUCUGAAACUUUAAGGAAUGGCACACUUACAAACCGCCGGUGUGCUUUAAAUGAAGAACGAACUUGUGCAUGCCAAGGACUGGACCCUGAGACUUGUGGUGCAUCUUUUUCAUUUGGUUGUUCAUGGAGCAUGUACUACAACGGAUGCAAAUUUGCCAGAAGCAAGAUCCCAAGAAAGUUCAGACUAUUAGGGGAUGAUCCAAAAGAGGAAGAAAAGCUAGAAUCCAAUCUUCAAACACUAUCAACACUGAUGGCCCCUACUUACAAAAAACUGGCACCUGAUGCUUACAACAACCAGAUCGAAUAUGAACACAGGGCACCUGAGUGCCGUCUGGGCUUAAAAGAAGGUCGUCCAUUCUCAGGGGUCACUGCCUGCCUGGAUUUUUGUGCUCAUGCUCACAGGGACUUGCAUAAUAUGCAGAAUGGUAGUACACUGGUAUGCACACUAACCAGAGAAGACAAUCGUGAAAUUGGUCAAACACCAGAAGAUGAACAACUGCAUGUGCUCCCUUUAUACAAAAUCUCCAAUAUAGAUGAAUUUGGAAGCACAGAAGGGCAGGAAGAGAAAAAACAGAAUGGCAGCAUCCAGGUCCUUAGCUGUUUCCGGCGGAAAGUAAGGAUGCUAGCUGAACCUGUUAAGACUUGUCGGCAAAAAAAGCUGGAAGCCAGGAAAGCAGCAAAUGAGAAAUUGGCUUCUAUGGAAAAUGGGUCCAGUAAACACGACAGAGAAAAAUCAGCAACAGCACGUCAAAAGCAGGCCAGUGUAGAAGCAUCAGGUCAUGCAAAACAGUUAGCAGAUCUGUUACGACUUUCAGGACCAGCCAUCUCGCAGCAGCAGCUAUAUCAGCAUCCAUAUCAUGCCCUACCUGUAAAAUCUCAGGCAAACCACAUCAACUCAUACUCUACUCCAGGUUCCACAAACCUCUACAUGGGUCUCCCUAAUCCAGCCAAUCCAUAUCCAAACUCUUCACAUGCUUCAGAACCUUAUGGAGGAUCCAACCCCAUGAAUAUCUAUCCAACUUCUUCACAACCUACAGGAGCUUAUUUAAAUUCUUCCAGUCUCAUGAAUCCCUAUUCUGUACACUUGGGUCAAAAUAGCCAAUAUCCACAUUACCAAUGCAAUGGAAAUCUGCCUAUGGACAAUUGUUCCUCCUAUUACAGUUCCUAUUCCUCUCAGCCUCAGCAUAUGGACUUGUUUAGAUAUCAGAGCCAAGAUUCUCUGUCUAAACUAAGUCUACCUCCAAUUCAUACAUUAUAUCAGCAUAGGUUUGGAAACAGUCAGAACUUUGGGCCAAGGUACUUGAAUUAUGGAAACCAAAAUAUGCAGGUAGACACAUUCAACAGUUGCACCAUUAGACCAAAUGUUCAGCAUGCAGGUUCUUUUCCUCCUUACUCCACACAUGAAGCUGAUGACCCUUUUAUGGACAUUGCAUCCAGGCUGAAAUCUAAUCUAAAUAAUCCAGGCAUGGACUACAUAAAUAAAAAUGGUGAUCAUCUAUAUCCACAUCUAACCCAUGACUACCACUCUACUGCAGGUAUGUUCGGUGGUCCUCCGCAUUCACUCCAUCUCCAGAAUACGGAUAGUCAAACAGCCAAUGGAUUGUCAAACAUGCUUCCAAAUCUUAAUUCUAGUAGAACUGCUUCCCAAGAGGGUGCAAAUAAAACUGAGGUGCUCAGUCAUCCGGAAGAACCUGAUGAAGUCUGGUCAGACAACGAGCAGAGUUUUCUGGAUCCUGAAAUUGGAGGUGUUGCAGUUGCUCCAUCUCAUGGGUCUAUUCUCAUAGAGUGUGCAAAACGUGAACUCCAUGCAACAACCCCACUGAAAAAUCCUAACAGGAACCACCCCACAAGGAUAUCACUUGUCUUCUACCAGCACAAAAGUAUGAAUGAGCCAAAGCAUGGUUUAGCUUUGUGGGAAGCCAAGAUGGCUGAGAAAGCAAGAGAAAAAGAGGAAGACUGUGAAAGGUAUGGUCCAGAUUAUGUGCCUCAGAAAGUGCAUGGUAAAAAAGUAAAGCGGGAGCCUGUUGAAUUGAAUGAGAACUUGGAACCUACCUACAUGCGCUUCAUCAGGACUCUUGCACAAAGAACAAUGUCACUCACCACAAACUCCACAGUUACUACAUCUCCAUAUGCCUUUACACGGGUUACAGGGCCUUACAACCGAUAUAUAUAGAAGUCAGAUCUUUGUUCAUUACCUCAUCUGUUUACUUUUGUUUUUAUAUGUCAGUAGGGAGCUCAUUCUUUCUAGUUUGUGGGCAGGGAAAGGACAAGAGACAGUAUUUUUCUUUUUAACUUGUUGAUGGAAAAACUUCCAUAUACCAGCAUACGAGGUGACAUUACCAUUGCAUUCAUUUACUAAGUGGUCACAGGUGACAUGCUCAAAAUUGGAAACCAAAACACCCUAUGCAAAAUUAGUAAAUUAAGUGAUAGGCAGAAGUUAACACUGAAACACUGACUUGAUUACUGGAAGAAAGAAUCCAUAUUCAUAAUUUCUUUUGAAAAUGCAUCUGUGACCAUUUUAAUGAAAGUAAGUUUGCUAAGAGAGGUUGGUUGGGUUUUUAAAGUAAAAAUACUGUAGUAUUUCAGUAGCAGAAAUUUUAAAAAACCACCAGGUGCUGAACAUAUACUGUGCUGAAAUACUGGGAAUACAGCUUUUUAACAUGCAGGGGUUCUUUUUUUGGCUGUAAUCUUAAUAUUGACUUGAUGUUUAUUAAUCAGGAUAGCUACAUAUAUAACAAGGUAUACAAGGAAAAACACUGAAUUUGUUUGGCUAUUCUAAAACAUGGUGCUAUAUAUAAGAAUGGUGUCUAAUGCAGCAGUCAAACAGUUUUAAUGCCUUUUAUUAGCUAUGAAUCGGUUAAAAGUAUACUCUGCUCUUCUUGAACAAUAGAAAAGACCAUUUUUAAUUUUUAAUUUGUAUCCAGUUAGCCCAAUUAUUUUAUAAAAUCCAGUUUUUAAAGCAUAGGAACUGUGAUGAGCCAAGAUCAAGAUCUAACAAAUCUAUAUGUGGGCAAUGGAAUGGCUGCAUGUGAAGCCAGUGAUCUACUUAAAACUUUCCAUAACAACCAUUUGCACUAAUUCAAAUGCCUUUUCAGCAUGCUUGUGGACAGCAAUCUGUUUCUAAUUAGGGCUUUUAAAAGUUACUUUUCAUGACUAUAACUCCCAGAAUCCCCAACUGAUAAAUUCUGGGAGUUGUAGUCCACAGCAAUUUUCCGGGCUCUCUUUCAGAAAUAACAUUAUACUAUUGUUUAGCAGUACUAGGGAGGGGUACAGACCGCCCGUUUGGGGCAGGCUGUACCCGCCCCUUUCCCCGGUAUCG